UUCUGUUUACAUUCAAGUCUUGUUUUGUUUGAUAGUGCAAGAAAUUGGCGCGAAGGCAACAUGUCAGAAAUGUUUACUUACUAAACGUAAAGUAAAAGUGUCACUUUGUACCCUUUUAAAAGAAAGAAACAAAAUGAUUUUGAAACUACGUUGUGAAGACCCUUGAUGUAUGACAUUAUUUUGAAGUAUGCCCUGGUAUUGUAAACAUCUACUAGUCAUUUAGCCUUUCUGAUGUAAGGGAGAACUUUGAAAAGGUGUGCUGUUUCAAUAUCCACAAAUCCAGGCUGUAACAGAUCUUGGAUGAAAUUCAAUCCAGUGAAAUAAAAGGAAUCACUUCUACAGAUGUGUAUAUACAUAUUUUUUUAAUGUAUUUAUUUGUUGUUUAUUUGUAUAUGUAUGUGAAUAUUUUCCUUCAUCUACUCAAGAGAAAAAUUUUAUGCUUAUAAUUCCUUUAUAGAUCAUAUUCCCAGGAAAUAAAUUUAGACACCCAUCUUUUGAUUCUUAUAAUGUAAAACCUCAAUCGUGUAAAACAUUGUGCUGAAAAAUUAGUUGCUAUGUACCUAUAAAAUUUCAUUUGCAAACUGAAGCUGAAAGAUAAUGGGGCAUGUAUAUGAAUUAUGAACCAGAGUGCUAUCAAAACCAGCUGUUUUAAGGAAGGACUUGAUUAUUACUUACAUAAUGGAGGAGUCACAUGUCUCUGAAUUUUCUAAUCAAGCCUUUCCACAGCAAAAAAAUUUAAAGGAAAAUUUACUCCAUCAUGCAAAUGAGAAACCUUAUAUUUGUGACAUUUGUAAUAAAGCAUUUUCUCACCAGCCGAAUUUAAGAAAACAUAUACGGAUACAUACGACUGAGAAAUCGUAUGCAUGUGACAUCUGUAAUAAAAGAUUUUCUCUGCAACCAUAUUUAAAAGAUCAUUUAAAGAGACAUUUCCCACUGCAACAUACGAAAGAGAAAUUGCUUUCAUGUCAUAUAUGUAAUAAAACAUUUUUUAAAAAUCGAAGUUUACAAAUACAUUUAUCGAAUCACUCAAAAGAGAAAUUGCAUGUGUGUGAUAUAUGCAGUAAGGCUUUUACUCAUCAGCACACUUUAAAAAUGCAUUUAAGAACACAUGGAAAAGAAAAAUCGUUUGCAUGUGAAAUUUGUAAUAAAACGUUUUCUCGGCCAGCGGAUGUGAAGGCACAUUUACGUUCCCAUACAAAAGAGAAGCCAUUUGUAUGUGAUGUGUGCUGUAAAGCUUUUACUCACCAGCAAACUUUAAAGAGACAUUUAAGGACACAUACAGGAGAGAAACCAUAUGGAUGCGAAAUUUGUAAUAAAACGUUUUCUCAGCAAACUAAUUUAAAAACACAUUUACGGUCGCAUACGAAAGAGAGACCGUUUGUAUGUAAAGUAUGCAAUAAAGCUUUCACUCAGCCAAAUGUUUUAAAAACGCAUUUACAGAUACAUAUGAAACCGUUUGCAUGCGACAUUUGUAAUAAAAAGUUUUCUGAAAAUUCAUGCUUGCAGAAUCAUUUACGGAUGCAUUCAAAAGAAAAACCAUUUGCAUGUGUCAUUUGCUGUAAAAAAUAUCCUCGACUGACACAUUUAAUGGCACAUUUACGUGCCCAUACAAAAGAAAAACCAUUUACUUGUGAAAUUUGCAAUAAAGCAUUUUAUCGGCCCUCUCAUUUAAAAAAGCAUUUGCGGGCGCACACAAAUGACAAACCAUAUGCGUGUGACAUUUGUAAUAAAACAUUUUCUCUGCAUGCGUAUCUAACAGCGCAUUUACGGACACAUGCGAAUGAUAAACCUUUUGUUUGUAAGAUUUGCAAUAAAGCAUUCUCUGUGAAUAGGAGUUUGAAAACACAUUUAAUGACUCAUACAAAAGAGAAACCUGAUAUUGCUGAUGUUUGUGAUGUAACGUCUUUUCUGCAACACAAUUUAGAUAUUUUUACAGACAUGAAUGAAAUAUAAAUUACUUACAUGGGACAUGUAUUAAGAAGAUUUUUUUU